CACCCCACCCCCAGCCCCGCUCCGGGACUCGGUGACCUGCGGCCAUUGGCUCAAACCGAUUUAUCGUGGGUCUGGGACGGGGGGUGGGGUGCUCUGGUGAGACGACAGCAGAGACGGCAGACAGGCUGACGUCUGCUUAGCCGGACGGCGCCCGGGAAGCCAUCCCCCUGCCCCCGAAAUCGCAACCGUGUUGGACUUUUUGGCAGAAAAGGAGAGGCAGCGGAUAACGCUGUGGGGUCUGAGACAGCAGGACUCUACGCAUCCAGCUCUGACAAUAUCUGCGGGCGCCCGCUCCAGCUGUGUGCGCCAUAUCGCCAGCUGCCGACAUGAAGGUUUUUUUCCUCGGGCUGGCUGCUCUCUUGUGCUUGGCCGGCGCCCACGCCCUGCGCUGCCACGUGUGCAAACACAAACUCCUCCUCUUCGGCUGCGUCCAGGGCUCCGGCGAAGCGACCUGCGGCUGGAGGGAGCGAUGCGCCAACAUUAAAGCCUCGCUGGGGAUGUUGCCCGUGUACUACCGGCUGAACUGCACCUCCGUGGCCAACUGCGGCAAGGUGAGGGCCCCCGACGAAUCCAGCCUUACCUACGACUACAGCUGUUGCAACACCGACUUGUGCAACUGAGCCGAACUGGGAGGGGGGCCCAGACGGAGUGACGGCCCCUUCCCCUCUCCCGUUUCCUCGUUUCCCCGCCCUCACGCUGAACUGGGAGGGGGAACAGGGAAACGGGGAAGGAGGGACGGGGUCACCUGGCUCCUCCCUCUGCUGUCUCUCUUCAGCAGUGCGGGAAAGGGGGCUUGCGGUGAGUCUUUUUGAUUUGUCGAGAUUCAGAGAUGUGGGGGGAAGAUUUUUUGAAAUGUUUUCUGAAAUAUUUUCAAAACAUUUUUUGAAAUACUAUUUUCGAAAGAACAUUUUUUGAAACAUUUUCAAAACAUUUUUUGAAAUAAUUUUUUUGAAAUAGCAUUUUUCAAAAUAUUUUCCAAACA